AUGUUCCCAAUGCCCGGCGUUCCUGGAGACGGUUGCCUCCCCCUCCCACCCGCCGGAAUACGAAAUGCAUUGGCAUCUUGGCAAGCCUUGUUGCGGAGACGAGCAUACGGAAUCCGACAGCGAGAGGAAAGAAAAAGAAAGCAGUUUGGCCCAGAAGAGCUCAGGAGGGGGGACGAUGUCUCGAGACUGCUGAUGCGAUGUCGCCAUUUGUGGCAGGUCUGCCAAGUCAGGGGGAGAGGUGACCAGGAAUCAUUCCUGUUGGGCCAGAAACGAAAUUUCGUGGGCACAUUUGUGAGGCUGACAUCUUUGCAACGGGAUGGCGCAGCGCAGGUCUGA